UCCGCCUGCAAGGCAGCUUUUCGGGGGCUCGAAAACCACCGGCUACUUCCUGUUCUGAGCGUUCCGAGCCGACUCGUGAGUUAAUGGUGGGAAGCCCGUGUUACUAUUAAAACUUUGAUUCCUCCGCUAUCGCAUUGCAGGCGUAACCCCGCCCAUUGAAACAGAAACCCGUCCGCUCUCCGAGGACAUGAUUUUCUCCGCGACGCGUUGUCUCAUUUGCAUUGUUUUCCAGCAACGCUGCGUCUAAGUGACUUACACAAUGGACAAAGACACUGUGUUGACUCAUAUCCUGAAGCCGAGGGGCAUGUCGACACUUCUUGGUGGAGAGCCGCCCGUCAGCGUGAUAAACAACAAUAAGUACAUAUCCCAGCUGACCCCAGACGCUCAGCUGACAGAUAGAAAUGUCGACGACAACUCGCCCUCCCUUGAUCACGCCAUCCACACCGCCCUGACUGGGGACAUCAAAACUGUGAUACUGAUGGGCCCUGAAGGAUCAGGUAAAACCACUGCACUUGAGAAGCUAGUUGUGGACUGGGCCAAAGGCGAACAGCUUCAACGCUUUUCUUGUGUUUUCUUUCUCCGGCUGAGGGAGAUAAGUUCUCUUGAAGGCACGCUGUCAUUGGAGGCUUUACUGCAACGCCAUUGCAGUCAUAUUCCUCCUGAGUACAUGCCCCUAGUUCUGCAGAAGCCUGAGGACGUGUUGUUUGUUUUCGAUGAUCCUGACCAACACCAACUUUGCCUGGACCCCUCCGCCCACGUCCUCUGCUCUGACCCCAGCCGGGCAGCCUCAGUGUCGUGUUUGAUAGCCAGUCUGCUUUACGGAUCUCUGCUGAAAGGAGCUUCCUUUGUGGUGGCAACCAGGCCGACGGUAUGUCUUAAGUUUCUGAGUGCCGCCUGGGUGGAAGUGUUGGGGUUUCUGAAACCCCAAAGAGAGGCGUACUUUAACGGGUUCUUUACCGACCCAGCCUCUGCCAAUACAGCACUAAUGCACAUGGAAAGGACUCUAGGUUUUUACGAUUUCUGCACCUCUCCUAGAUUGUGUUGGACAGUUUGUUCUAUUUACAAGACUCUGAUGGACGCUGGAGCAAAACUUCCUGAAACAUUAUCUCAGCUCUUUGUAGAUAUCCUGGUUCACCUGAUUCAGGCGCUCUCGCUAAACAAGGCCUGCAACAGAGAACUAAUGCUGGCCCUCGGCAAGAUGGCCUCUCAUUGCUCUCUCAACCAGCAUUCAAGCUGCACCAAAGAGGAACUUCAUUCCUUUGGUUUUCAACCAUUUCUCACCUCAGUUGGUGUUUUCUUGCAAGUAGAUGGAGACCUGCACUCAGAUGCAUGUGUUUUGUCUUUCAUCUCCCAGCUGAUGCAGGAUUUCAUCCUGGCCGUGUCUUUCUUUUUGGACAAGUCAACGUCUGAGGGAGUGGAGAAGAUGUUGGAAGAGCACAAAGGUCAAACAAAGUUCCUAGAUCUCUUCUUGUCGGGGCUCUCCGAGCCAGCUCAGCGCAGUCCGCUGGAGACCCUGCUGGGGGAGUUCAACUCAGAUCAGAUCAUGCAUUUCAGACGCUGGUUUAAAAGCAGCUCAGAGGAAACGCUGGAGGGAUGUUACAAAGACAAGCACCACCGCUGCUUCCAUCUGCUUCAUCAAGCUCAAAAUAAGAGUUUGGUGAAAGAGAUCAUCACCCCGUCAGCACGAACCGGCAUCAGCUAUGGCGACCUGAGCCUCCAGGACUGCAUAGCUCUGAAUUAUGUGGUCACGUGCCUCGAUGAGAUGGAGCGGUUGAAUCUGUACGGAACAAGGAAUUUGACGGAGGAAAAAGCAGAGGUCCUGGCUCCAGCUAUGAGCUUGUCACAGAAGAUACUCUUGUCAGACAGCUCUUUGAGUACUGGGGCUGUCCAUCAUCUGGCUUCAGCUCUCAGCAGAGGACUCACCGAGGAGCUGGAUCUCUCUUAUACCCGCCUUGGAGAUGAAAAGUUAAAACUUCUCUGUGCUGGACUCAGAGACUGCAAACUGCACAACUUAAAACUUCUAGCAUGCAGACUGACUGAGGCAAGCUGUGAAGAUCUGGUGUCUGUGCUGACCUCAGGCACCUCUCAGCUGCGUGUGUUAGGACUGAUGUGUAAUCAGAUCGGGGACCAGGGCUUCAUGAAACUGUGCAAAGCACUGCACAGUCCUCAAUGCAAACUAAAGGAGCUCCAGCUACAAGGCUGCGAGAUGACUGCAGCAUCCAUGGAGGCUUUAUCAGCAGCUUUGUGUACUGGGAAAUCAGAGCUGAGGAAAGUGGACCUGACACAAAACACGAUUGGUGACAGUGGAGUGGAGGCUUUGUGCAAGUCCCUGCAACACCCACUGUGUAAACUGCAGAGCCUCAAACUGUUUGAUAAUGAGCUGACAGGUGCCUGCUGUCCUCAUUUGAUGGAGGCCUUGAUGGCUGAGCACUGCUCUCUGUCAGAACUGGAUCUUUCUGUGAAUGAUUUGGGCCAGAAGGGGGCACUGCUGCUCUGCCAGGCCCUCAGUCAACCCAGAUGUCCAGUGGAAAAACUUGGGCUGACACGGUGUGAGUUAACCCAGCCGGUCUUCAAGGAACUGGGCUCAGUGCUGAGAAGUGGGACUUCUCGACUCAAGUCCCUGAUUGUAGGUAUGAAUAAAGUUGGAGACCAAGGGGUUAAACAUCUUUGGGAUGCUGUUUCACACCCAAGCUGUCUGUUGGAGGAACUGGAUGUUGAAAUGACUCAUUUGACGGAUGCCUGUGUUGAGGACUUGUGUGCGGCUGUAAGAGCCAGUAAGACUUUGAAGAGCCUGGAACUGAGGAACAACUCUCUGACUAAUGCCUCUGUCCCAGCCCUCAUCCAGGUCAUGGAGGACAGCCACAGCAUGCAGGAGAUGAACCUGAAGUACAACGACUUCUGUGAAGAGGUUUUUGACAUGUUGGACGAGUGUGAUAAAAUACGUUACUGAAGAGGGCGGAUUGGGGUCCAUCCAUCUCAAAGACUGCUACAAGAUCACAUACUGCACUGAGCUCUGCCAUGCUGUUAUUAGAGCUGAUGCACUGGGGGGGGGGGGCGAAAAUUUGUUGCUUUGCUCUGCCUUAUGGGAAACUAAAUUAAAAUAUCUUUAGGUUUUGGACUGUCGGUUGGACCAAACAAGCAAUAUGAUAAAUUCACCUUUAGGAACUUGUGAUGACUGUUCUUACACUUUAUAACCCAAAUGAUUAAUGAACAUAAUCGUCAGUUGCAGCCCUACUCAUUAUACAAUCAAGUUCACUAUCUACAACUUAAUAAGAGCCCUUCAACACACGAAUCACUGGAUUUGAUGCAAUAAUUUUUUAUUUAGAAAACUUUGGCAUUUUAAAGAAAGAUACUAGGCAUUUGGAAUUUCUAAGCUUACAGGAGAGUAAGCAGUAUAGUCAGUAAGGCAAAUGCAGUGAUUUGUUUUACAGCUGUAAAAUAUAUUACCAAAUUCACUAAUAAAAUCUCUAUCCUGACAGUAGCAGUUUAGAGAUGCACUGAUAGGCAACUGCUGCAAUUUCUAACCUUGAGGAGAGACAGACACACACACACACACACACACACACACACACACACACACACACACACACACACACACACACACACACACACACACAGCGAAGUGCAGGCAGACCACAAGCAUUUCUCUCGUCUACUUCUGUAAGCAAAGAUCAGGAGUAAACCUCACAUAGUGUAAACGUGACACAGUAACACAGUGCUAAGUCUGGAUUCCACACAAGGAGUUGCCCUGUGGCCAGACCUCUCUCCAUUUGAACAACUCAGCAAAAAAAAAAAAAAAAAAAAAAAAA